UAUUGUAAAGAAAUGACACAAACUCGCGUCAAAAUCACAAGUUUAUAUAUUCUUCUUUUAUGCGUGUAUUAUAUUUGUUAUUCUUUUUGUUGUAUAUUGAAGCCAGAGAUUUGAAACAUUUUCAAGUAAACUGAAGAAUGAAAAUUAAACUUAUCUUUCGAAACAGUAGUGUGUGAUUCUCUGUCUUAUAGCAGAAUCGUGUGUUAAAACUAACCUGUCAAAGUGUGAUAUUUAUUGUUGAUUAUUACAUAUGCGUGGAAAAGUUUAUACAAGAAGAAGGAAACUACUCGGUUAAUUGGUGCCAGAACCAUCUGAUCACAUUGGGCUUUCCUUAUGUUCUAAGGCCUUGAAAUGUACAAAAUUAAACAAUGAUGUUUAAAUGGCAUUUAUUGCUGUAUGUUAUCAUCAAAGUAUGUAUUGUUAGAAAGAACAACAAGUUAUAACUGAUCCAUUUGUUUUACUUUUGCUUAAUAAUAUGGUAAUGGCAGGAAACGAAAAUACAUCAGGAGUUGUAGUAGAUAAUGCGGUAUCUACAAAAUUGCAAUGGUUGCGACAACGCAGAGAAGCGUUGCAAGAAAAACUUGCUCAAAAACAUAGUGAAUUAAAAACCUUGUGUGUAGAAGAGGCAGAAAUAACAGGAGUAUUACCUCCAGAAAUACCUUUAGAACCUGGAGAAAGUCCGCCAACUUUUCAUAGAAAAGUAGGCAGUACAAUAUUUACACAUCCUCAAAAGUUGCUUAACAAGCCUAGGUCAACUGAUAUUGAGGUAUCAGAAUUGGAGUUGGAGAGGCAGGUUCAACUUGAGAUUGCAGAAAAUGCGUUAAGCAUUUUUAAUGAUCCUACGGAAAGUAAAACAAAUCGACGCAAAAACAGGCUUACUUAUCAGCAAAGUCAGCGAAGAGUGCACGAAUUAGAGACCGAGCUGAAUUUUAUUAGGCAAGGUCGGAAUAAAGCAUAUCGAUCAGCACAAUUGUCAGUACAAGCAGAAAGUUAUAAUAUACAACCGCAAGUAAACGUAAAACACAGAACAAAAAAACCACGGCCACCGCUUGACAGCACAGGAAAUGAAACAACUACGCCGAAGUCUACUGGAAGAGAUAUACUCCAUGAGUCUGGUAUUAGCCUAAGUCCCUUAGAGACUGAUGACAAGACAAACGCAUAUUCUAGACGCGGAUAUGAUGAGCAUUUAAAUGUAUCGUCAACUGCUUGCAAUCGUCAUUACAGUAGUACUUUUCCACGAAUAAGUCCAAUCGAGCAACAAAACAUAAAAAUUGUUGAGCACGAUUACAAUGACAACCACAAUAUUUAUAUUUUACCGGAGCAGCACCGUGGUCGUACGUAUUCCCAUGGGAGCGCUGGAUCUCGUGGUCAGAGUCACUAUCAAGAUAUCGACAGAACACGUCCUUACGUGCCAAAUACCUAUACAGAGGACGAGCGUCAAACACGCUAUCGACAGUUUCAGCAGUUGCAGAAACAACAGCAAGAUCAAAUACAGCAAGGUCAUCGAUUGCAUUACACAGGUUCUUUCGAGUAUAAACAUCUGGAUAAUGACGUCGUAUGGAAAAAUAGCCAAGGAGCUUGUGACAGAGAGUUACGCGCUCCUAAUUACAUAUCUGUCAACGAUUAUCCUGUUUAUUAUUUAAAUAACACGGUAUCUCAGCAAUCUUUCUCGUCGCAAAGACGAGAUCGCGAUACGUUGUCAUCCGGCAACAUAAAACAGACUACCAGCGGUAUGGCAAUCGAUGCAACAGGAUAUUGGUUGCGUAACAAUGAUGAUAUUCAUUGGGCAAAUGUGGACGAACCUACAAUUGACAGACUUGGCAGUUUGGAUCGUAGACAGCGAAAUACUCAACACAAUGGCUGCGUGAAUAUAGACACGCAGUCGCGUUAUCGCACAGUUGUUUCUGCGAAUAAGAGUUGUUUAUCCGACAGCAACGUUACAGUAUUGCCCCAGCAGCAUCAUUCUGUUCAUCUGAUGCCGCUUUUUGAACAACAAACAUUGAGUAACAACAAGAUGCUGCUUCGCACACAAUCAUUAGGCAGUGUGGAGAUGUGGCAAUCGAAUUAUUCUCACAAUUUACACGAUGAUAAGGAUACAUCAACGGAGUACGCAAAUAAUAAUCGUAAAAACCGUCAGAAAGAGUGGUAUGAAACAUCAUUGGAUUAUUCAGCGGCGAGCUCGAAUCACAAUUGUAUUGUUACACGUAAAAGUUCUCAAUCAAGUCCUCUGCUAGCUCGUGUGAAGACCAAUGAGAGCACAAGAGAAAAGAACGGGUCGCCAAUAAGUGCGCCAAUAAAUCAUCAAAACAAAGACAGACUUGAGGCACGACAACACCUAAUGCAACAGUCUCAUCCUCGUUACGAUCAAUCUAUAAAUAGUUCUGCAAUAAGGUCUAAGGUGCUGGAGAUACCAGCUGAAACGAAAUCGUCCGUGGACGUCUGUGACGAUGUCACCCGACCGUUAAGUUCGCCUCAGAACUGCACGGUUGUGCAACCCGGAAAAUAUCAGCCAUACAAAGAAGUGACGAAACCCUUCGAAAUGUCGGACUUCUAUAAAUAUUCAACCAAGUUUCGUAAGAGAAAUGAGGCUAUCGCACAAUCUCAAACAAUUGGAAACAAUUCUUCGCUUCAAGAAAAUCAUUUCGCAGAAACAGUUUCUGGAGAUUCUAAUUCCUAUAGUUCAGGACAAAAUGACGGUAAUGUUACCGUUAAUCCUGUACAGAGAAGACUUUAUCAACCGGUACAACGUAUGACCUGCCAGCCUUAUAUGUCGUUGAGAUAAUCGUAACUCAUAAAAAUUUUUAUCACUUUUAUACACAUAUAAAUACGCAUACAAAAUCAAAGAUAGGCUGGUCCUGUCGACGAGACAAUUUUUGUUUUAUUUUUUACUAUCAUUGAUCAAUAUUAAUUCAUACAUUGAUAUGACAUUGACUGCAGGUGAGAAAACUGUAAUAUUAACACUUUUACAUAAUCGUUAUUUUCUAACUUAAAGUAAUAUGCUGCAAUUAAACAGUAAACAAAAUUGUAGAGACUCAAAAUCACAAGACUAAUUUGUUUUCGCGAAGAACUUGUAAGAACUUAUUAACGUAAAUUUGUAAUUUCAUUCAAUCAUUAACUUCAUACUUCUUACGAUUGCCUUGUAAAUAACGAAUUUACAACUUUACAAUUUUUUCAUUUUUCUACUAUCAUUUAUUAAUACAGAUUACAGAGUUGCAUAUUCUCAUCUCUCAACACUAUAUUGUAUCUCUGUUGUGUUCGCAGCUAUAUGAUAAUAAGAUGUACAAGAUAGAUGAUACAUAACAAUUCUAUAUUCUUCUUCUUUAUUUUAUAAUUUUUAUUGCAAUAUAUAUAUAUAAAUCAUUUGUGAUAAUAAGGAAAGACAAAAAGUGAAAAAAUAAACAUAAAAAUAAUAUAAAUCUUAAUCCGACUCUAAUGUUGAAUUAACUGAAACCUGAAAAGAGUGCCUUGUAUCGAUUAAAGUUUUUAAGAGAUAAAACUUAAAGAUAAAACAAAGUAACAUUUUAAGAGAUUAUAUGAUGUAUGUUUACUAUACAUAUAAUAUAUAUACAGUAUGUGUAUGCAAAAUAUAUGUAUACGAGUGUUUCUGAAGUUUGUCUCUUCAAUUUGUUAAUUUCUAUGAUAAUUUGUAAUUAGAAUUGUGUUCAAAUAAAUUUUCCUAAG